AUGAUCGGAGAAUGUCGGAAUUACUUAUCUAGUGUGAUCUCUGCAUUGGUGGCGAAGAAGUUGGUUCGUAAGGGAUGUGAGACAUUCUUGGCCUAUGUAAGUAUUUCAGAUUCUAGGGACUCUAUAGUUAAGGAUAUCAAAACGGUAAAGGAUGUUUCGAACGUCUUUCCUGAUGAGCUAUCGGGUUUACAUCCGAAUCGUGAAGUGGAGUUUGGGAUAGAGCUCUUUUCUGGUACAGCUCUGGUGUUCAUCGCUCCUAAUAGAAAGGCACCGAAGGAGCUUGUGGAGCUUAACGCUCAGAUUCAAGAGCUUUUAGAUCAUGGUUUCAUCUGCCCUAGUGUGUCUCCGUGGGGAGUACCGGUUCUAUUUGUAAAGAAAAAGGAUGGAUCCAUGCGCAUGUGCAUCGACUACAGGGAAAAACAGCUCUAUACUAAGUUUAGUGAGUGUGAGUUUUGGCUGCGUGAAGAGACAUUUCUUGGUCAUAUAGUUUCGACUGAAGGGAUUCAAGUUGAUCCUCAAAAGAUUGAGACUCAAGAGAGCUUUGAGAAGCUCAAGAUUGUACUGACUGAUGCCCCUGUUCUGAUACAGCCAGAGCCUGGAAAGGAGUUUACUGUUUAUAGUGAUAGUCUCAAGUAUCUCCUCACUCAGAAUGAGCUUAAUCUUAGGCAGCACAGAAGGAUUGAGCUGCUUAAAGACUAUGACUACACCAUUGAGUAUCACCUUGGUAAGGCCAAUGUGGCAGUUGAUGCAUUAAGCCGUAGGGCUAUGACUGAUUUGAGGCCAGGGUUGAAAUGUGAGGUUACUGAUUUUGUGAGCAGACGUCUGACUUGCCAGCAAGAUAAGGCUGAGCAUCAGUUACCUUCGGGUUUGUUGCAGUCGAUUAAGAUUCCUCUUUGGAAAUGGGAGCGCGAAACUAUGGAUUUCGUUAAUGGGUUGCCUCUAACACCUACUAAGAAGGAUUUAAUAUGGGUCAUCGUAGAUCGAUUGACCAAGUCCGCCCACUCUAUACCGGUUCGUACUGAUUAUUCUCUGCACAAGCUGAGGAAGUUACAUGAAGCUCUGGGUGCAAGAUUAAACUUCAGUAUUGCGUUCCAUCCUCACACUGACGGUCAGUCAGAGAGGGUGACUCAGAUACUGAAGGUUAUGUUGAGAAGUUGUGUAAUUGAUUUCAGAGACAGUUGGGAGGAUUACUUGCCGCUAGCAGAGUUUGCUUAUAACAAUAGCUAUCAUUCUAGCAUUGAAAUGGCACCUUACGAGACUUUAUAUGGUCAUAGGUGUCGCACACCUUCAUGUUGGACUGAGUUGGUCGAGCAACGUGUUCUGGGCCCUGAAAUAGUUUCUGAUACCGAAGAUAAAUUUAGACUCAUUUGGGACCGGUUGAAAGUGACAUUUGAUAGGCAGAACUCCUAUGCUGAUCUGAAGCAUCGAGCGAUUGAGUAUUCUAUAGGGGAUUUCAUUUUUCUCAAGGUCUCGCCAUGGAAUAAGGAGUUACCUCUGGAAUUGAAUCAAAUUCACGAUGUGUUCCACGUCUCUAUGUUGAGGCACUAUCGCUCUGAUCCCACGCAUAUUGUUCCUGUUGAGGAGAUCGAGGCUAGGGUCGAUCUGACCUUUGAGGAUGAGCCAGCUCAGAUGUUAGACCGCGGUGUUAAUGUUCUGAGAAGGAAAUUCAUUCCACUAGUAAAGGUUCUAUGGCAUAAUCAUAACACUGAGAAGGCCACAUGGGAGCUUGAGGAUGCAAUGUGUCAGCAGUGUCCUCAUCUGUUCUGA